UUGGCAUAAGGUCCCGGGACAGCCAAUCUGGAAGGCUGAGCCGCUGCGAAGGUGAGGGCUGCUGCGCAGCCGAGCAUUUGCAGUGACAUUUUCAGUGUGCUCUAUGGACCAUGUACUGCUUUGGAUGCCUGAAGUACUUGACCUGCAGUUUGGGAGGACUCAGCCAUCUCCAUGCUGGGCUGGAUUAAGUGCCUGAUGAGGAUGUGGCUUCAGCGAGUUGGGGUCAGCAUGCAGUCGCUUACCAGCCAUGCAACGGAAUGGAGUCCUACACACUCAGGAGAGGAUGUGGUGGCAUCGUUUGCUGAUGUUGGAUGGGUAGCCACCGAAGAAGGAGAGUGCUCAACAAGACUCAGGGCAGAGGUCAGGUCCAAGCCUCCUCAUGAGGAUGACCCUCCUUGCUUUGAGAAGCCCCCAAGCAGGCACAUUUCCUUACCAAACCUGUCUCAAGAUAAGCCUUCUUCUCCAAAGAUGACACUGGCCAGUGAGGAGGCCUUGCAGAAGAUCUCUGCACUUGAGAAUGAGCUUGCUGCCCUUAGAGCUCAGAUUGCCAAGAUUGUGACCCUGCAGGAGCAACAGAGUCCAACUGCAGGUUGCUUAGAUUCUUCCACAUCUGUUACUGUAGCACCACCUCCUCCCCCUCCUCCUCCCCCUCCUCCACCUCCGUUGGUGCUCCACCAAAGUACGUCUGCUCUUGAUCUGAUUAAAGAAAGAAGAGAGCAAAGACUCAGUGCUGGAAAGACUUUGGCCAAGGGCCACCCAAAGCAGCCUGACAUGCCAAAUAUGCUCGAGAUCCUUAAAGACAUGAACAGUGUGAAGCUGCGGUCAGUCAAGAGGUCAGAGAAAGAUAUAAAACCUAGGCCAGUGGAUACUACUGACCCUGCUGCCCUCAUAGCAGAGGCUCUGAAAAAGAAGUUUGCAUAUCGGCAUCGACACAAUAGCCAAGGAGAAGCUGAAAGAGGAAUUCCAAAGCCAGAGUCGGAAGCCACCUCAGAGCCAGUCCUGUUUGGCCCACAUAUAUUGAAGUCUACAGGGAAAAUGAAGGCUUUAAUUGAAAAUGUUCCCGACUCCUAAUGGACAGUGAAUUCAGAAAGACUCCUGGUUCACCUGUUGGCUUGCAGAAAUCAGCAGUAUUUAGUAAAUUCCUGACUGUAGUGUUCAUUGGUCUCCUUCUUAGCCUAAUUAGAGGAGUAAGAAGUAGUGAAAGCACCAGAAGGUGGUGUGGCUCCUGAGAUGGUCAGUUCUGGAGCUCUCCUUAACACACAUGCACUAGGUGCAUUUUCAGUUCUUAACACUAAAAUGUGUGCAAAAGGUUUAUAUGCACACCAUCGGAUACGAAAAUAUGUAAAAGCUCACCAUGAAUGGCAUCAGAGAGGACACUGUUAUCUUCCUCUUCACUGAGAGUUUACUAGUCAGUGAUGAAGAGCUGGUAUACUGUUAUUACAGCACACUAUCGGAGCUGGGAACUCCUCGGACGUGAGUCUGUUCUCACUUUCUGUUUCCUGGAGCUGAGUUUACAUAAACAGCAGGAGAGGUUUACUGCUGAGUCUCUGUGUGAAUUUCUGUUAGAGGGAAGCAAGGACCAGGAAGGCCGUUUACACCUCAUUACCACCCAAUACUGGGAAGCAAAUGUACUUCUCAGGUAGUAACAAAUCAAAUUAUUGAAUUAAAUCAUUUCUUAAAUAAAAGCCAGAAUGUAUCAUCUUUCUUAUCAGUUUAAUAAGUGGCCUCAUAAAGAUGAUUUUUUGCUAAGUUAGCAAUUGUCUCAGUUAAGGUUACUAUCACUGUGAUGAAACACCAUGGCCAAAAGCAACUUGGGGGAGGAAAUGGUUUAUUUCACUCAAAGUACCAUAGAGCAGUUCAUUAUCACAGCAGUGAGGGCAGAAACUAAGCUGGGCAGGAUCCUGGAGCCAGGAGCUGAUGCAGAAGCCAUGGGGGCUGCUGCUUUUACUGGCUCGCUUCCUAUGGCUUGCUCAGCCUGCUUUCUUACAGAACCCAGGACUACCAGCCCAGGGUUGGCACUGCCCUCCC